UGAUACUAUUAUUAUAUACUUGUACUACGCAGCUCCAUGAGCGAUGCCUUUCACCGUUAGCUUCUGGUACCUGAUCGCUGUAAAAUCGGAGAUGCAGGGCUGCAGACUGGCAAUUGGUGACGUCGAUUAGUGGUCAUACUGAACUUUUGGAGCUCUCCCCAGCUUUGAUCGCCCCACAUCAGCUCAUACAUACGCUAUGGGAGUGUAUACAUACCCACCAACAUCCGUGCAUAGAUCUUGACCAACCUCAUUUCUCGACUAACUUUCUUCCCAUUGACCAUCUUAUGGGGAGACACGAAGCACUCUUGUGUGUGGAUUAGUACCAAAUCGACUUCAUUUGCCCACUUACAAAGUCGGCAGCACAUACUACUUCUUCUUGAACACGCAUUCCUAUCCGUGACUAGACUCUACCACACACCACACACGACAUCAUGCCAUCCAGACUCUUCAUGCGCUCUGCUGUUCGAGCUGCGUCACGACAGGCUCAGUCCGCACGUCUUGGCGCGAGACGCGGUUACGCCAGCCAACAUGGUGCCUCCAAGUCCAGCGACAUGCCUUGGCUUGGAUUGCUCGGUCAUCAAACCGUGGCAUGCCGCCGUGCUGACUACCAAUCCCCCUCGUGCCCUUUUUGUAAUUUGAUGCAUGACUCACACGCUGCAAGGCUCAUCGCUUCUGUCGGUAUCACUAUUCCCGGAGUUGCCUACCUUCUCUCCAGCGGCCCAGUGAAGGCCGAGACACACGGCGCAUCCGCCCGCGAAUCCAAGGGGGAGUCUCCGUCAACAAAUGAUGAUCCCGGCCAGACCUCGCUCCAGACUUCAGGUGGCGACAACAGUGGCGCAACCCCCAACAAAGCUCCCAUGAAGGGCGACAACAAAGAGACAGCUCAACCCGGUCAAGACGUUCCUCCACCUUCGUCUGACAACACAUCCAUGUCUGAGAAUUUUGACGAGAAGAAAGAGAAGCACGAGGACUACAAGGAGACAGUAUGCGACUCCAACACAUGCGGCGCAUUGCAACUCUUGAUGGGAAUGACUGAACUGACAUGACAACAGGUGGAGAAGCGAGAUACCAAGGUCGCAACAAGCUCUUCGGAUAUGCCCAGCAAGAAGACCAGCAGCGAGCACCCCAGAGAGGAUCCACAAAAGGG